CAUGGCGACGGGCUGGGCCUAGCCUGGGUAGCCCCGAGCCAGCGGGACCCGGGGCCGCCUCGGCUCCGGGCUGAGCCCCCGGCCCGUCUGCCGCCCCCGGGCUCCUGCCCUUCCCCGCACACCUCAGUGUCUGCCCAGAACUGGGCCCGGGGCCGCCUCGGCUCCGGGCUGAGCCCCCGGCCCGUCUGCCGCCCCCGGGCUCCUGCCCUUCCCCUCACACCUCAGUGUCUGCCCAGAACUGGGCCCGGGGCUUGAGAGCCGUGCCACUCAACACUCACUGCCCACUUUGGUUCACGUUCAGCUGCUGCCGAGCAGCACCUCUGCGUCCCUUUCCACUGGGAAAACACACAACUUUGGCUUUUUUCCUGUCCUUUUCUCUCAUUCUCCAAAUUUCCCUUUCUCCGCCCUGUGUUUCCCCCAACAGACACGACCCCCGGGCCCAUCACAGCCUGCGGGAUCUUUGGGUUCCUCUUCCCCCAGCACAACAGGCGGCUGCCGGGCAAGGCCGGGCAAACAGCUGCUGAUAACACAACUUCCAGGUUGCUCUUGCCAAGGCCGGGCGCCGGGGCCAUUGAACGCCGGGCCCAGACGAGCGCCCCGUGUUUGUCUGUGAACCCUGGCAGCUGCAGCUGCUCCAUGGGGCCUUGGUGCCAUGGUACAGCCUGGGGUAAUGACUCUGUUUAUCCUGUUUGGGUAAUCCUGAUAAGGCCACACAACCCCUCCCCGCCGAUUCAUUGAGAAAAACGGCCGUUGACUUGCCCGGCCCGGCCAAUCAGCCCGGCAACAUUUAAUGAGGGCUGCUUAAUCAGGCCGGUCAAGGCUGCCGAGGGGUGUUCACCGUGACCCGGCCUUAUAAGAGCUGGCUGGAGCACCACGGGCUGGCAGAGCCGGCAGACGGGGACAAUCCGGCCUGUGGCGUGUUUCGGAAGGGAUUUUGUGUCUCUCAGCCAUGAGCAGCGGCGUGGACGCGGGCUGCGAGUGGUGCCGGUGCCACGGCAAGGACAGGCACCCCGCCAUCCUGUACACCCUCCUGAGCCAGAACCUGCGUCCCGGCGGGGCCCAGCAGCGCUGCCUGUGCCCGCAGCGCCGCACCGUGUGCCUGCGCACGCCGCACCUCACCUGCCGGGCCGCCUCCCACGUGCUGCUCAAAACCAUCAACUUUGUCCGAAACGUGGCUGCCUUCCGCCUGCUGCCGCGGGAGGAUCAGCUGCUGCUGCUGGACGGCUGCUGGGUGCCCCUGUUCCUGCUGGGGCUGGUGCAGGAGAUGGUGACCUUCGAGGUGAUGGAGGCCCCGGCCCCCAGCAUGCUCAAGAAGAUCCUCCUCAGCGGCCAGAGCAAAGGGCAGGAGCCCGAGGGGACACAACCCACGCUGGCGGCCGUGCAGCGGCUGCAGUGGUGCCUCAGCAGCUUCUGGAGGCUGGACCUGAGCCCCAGCGAAUUCACCUACCUGAGGGGAGCCGUUCUCUUCAACCCAGACAUCCCCGGGCUGAGGGCUGCCCUCUACAUCGAGAGCCUGCAGUGGGAGGCGCAGCGGGCGCUGCAGGAGCUGCUGCACCCCGAGGACCAGGCCCGCUUCUCCCACAUCCUGCGGGUCACCUCCUCGCUGAGGGCCAUCCCUGCCGGCCUGGUGACAGCUCUGUUCUUCCGGCCCCUCAUCGGCGACGCGGCCAUGGGCGAGCUGCUGGCCGAGAUGCUGUUCGAGGCGCCGGGCUGGCCACAGGCGCCGUGGCUGCCCCUGCCCUGCUGAGCACCGGUGCAGGGUCCCUCCGGACCCCGUGGGAUCCCCCGUGCCGCUGCCUCCUCGGCAGGUUCACAGCGGCUCCUGCUCCGCCUGGCCGCUCUCCAGCCCAGGGAGUGGCAGUGGGCAAAGGGUUCCCUGCCCUGCUCCCAGCUUUUACUGGUUUUGCUGCGAGCUCCCAGCAGUCAGGGCUGUCCUCAGCUGGAUCCCGUGGUGUCUGACAGCCUCAGAAUGAGCUCUGGGUCUGGCUUCCGUGCUUGGAAACACUCAGGACAUUUCUUCAGGGAAAAAGCCGGAGUGUUAAAUACUACAGGGUGUACAGACUCAGCCCUCUUUUCCUUAGAUUCUCUCUUUCCUCCGUAAUUCCAGGAUUAAGAACACUUAGCAGCACCUAAACCUACUGUACCUCAUUUGGGGCUCUGUGUGAAAAGUUAAAGCCAAGCAGAGCUGGUUUAGUGGGAGAGCCAAACCUCCCUCCCUGCAGUUAGAGCCAGGUGCACACCUGGAAAACUUGCUCCUCCCACCUCCAACAGGUGAGGUGUCGGUAUUUUAUAAGUGUACAUUCGUGUGGUUUGUAUAUAGGAUGCAAUAAAUUAUUUUUUUAAUAAAAUAUGUGGUGUUUUGGAACACGGUGGUGCCUUUUCAG